GUCGCAGUUAUAACCAGACAAAAAUGCAGAACGAUUACUUGACUUGACUCCUUCACCAUUCCACACAAAGUUCCCCCAACUCAUCGUCUCCGUCGUCGACGGCGUCGACUUAUAUAUCUCUCCCCAUGACUGAGGUCUUCACGUCACGCAAUCCACCCUUCCUUGGCCGAAUGGUUCCGACUGACACCAGUUCUUAUACAAUCAUGUACAACUCUUCUUCAUCUUCCUCCAACUCCUUCGCCAACAACCAUAUCACUCCCACCCAGCCUCCCAUGGAUCCCCCUCAGCAGCCUCAACAGUUCUCCGACGAUGCUUCUUCAGACCCAAACAAGCAUCCCCAGCAGCAGCCACAGCAGCAGUCAUCCGACAGGCUCGAUGGCAAGAUGCAGACCACCUUCCUCACCAAGCUUUACGAUCUUCUCGAGAGACCCGAGUACCAUCAUAUGAUACGCUGGGAUGCCAAGGGUGAACAGAUCAUCGUGGAACGCCCUGAACAGUUGGCAUUGCAUGUUCUUCCAAGCGUUUACCGCCAAUCUCGUUUCGCUUCUUUCUCCAGACAACUUAAUAUUUAUGGGUUCAUGCGCAAGGUCAACCUUCGCAACAUAGAUCCUGCCAUAGACGACCCUGAUGCUUCCACUUGGUCCCACCCUACAUUGAACCGUCAUUCUCCCCCCGAGGUGAUCGCUGGCUUCAAACGCCGCGUCCCCCCUCGCAUCCCAAAGGCCAAAAAGCAACAGGAAGGCAUCCCCACAGCUUCGUCUCCUUACAAACCACUGGUCGGCUCCAUCAGCAAACCAAUUGCACCCCCGUUGACCAACCCUGCUGUUCGUUUGCCAACAAAUGGUCGACCACGGGGUUUCUCAGCCUCGGCAGCCAUGCAUCCAAACGUCUCGUCCCCUCAACCACAACAGAUCCCUCGUCAAUUUUCUUCACAAUUACCUGCUUCAUCUGCUGAUGCCAAUCCAUACACGUUGCACCCUAUAUCCACCCCCGCCCUUUCCAACCCUUACUCCCAGCCCCAAAAUAGCAAAGCAUGGUCCCAUUCAUAUGGCCGCAAUGCUCUUCCCCCAUUGACCAUUCCCCCUGACGUUUCUUCCCUCCAAGGUACGCCUGCUCCCGCAUCGUAUUCUCCAUACCCUGCGGCAGGAUAUGGUCACAACAAUAACAACAACAAUACCAAUGGUGCCAGCAGACACAAUCAUCCCCCUAUUACCCCAACAGAUGAUGCAAAUUAUUUGCCAUCUGUGUAUCAGCCAUCUACUCAGCAACCGAUUCGUGGAGAUUCAGCCGGGAUCUUUGGUGGCAACUUCGCAUAUGGAUCUGACUCCACAGCCGCCAGUCCCAUCAAUGGACCAAGCUAUAGUUCGUCUUCGAGCUUCAUAACGCCGCAAAGUCAGUCUUGGAAUGGAUUCGACGCUCAAGGGACCCAACUACCCCCACUAAACACGAGCCCUUCAUCUGGUGUCGCUAGCCUCUCCGCUUUACUCAACCCCUCAUCCAAUUUCGCUACUCAGACUCCGAGCAGAUCGCCCGCUCUCCCACAAAACCAACAACUCCAAGGGCAUUCGACAAGCGGUCCGAAUUCAUCAUAUCCUUCCCCUUUUAGCAGUGUUCCCCCUAACGGUGGCUUCUCGCGUGGUUUGGGAGCAACUGGUUCACCUGACGACAGUGCUAGUCGGCCUACCACCGGUUACUCUUCUGCCAUCGAGUUCAACCGGUUUAGAAGGCCCUGGACUCAUUCGGCGACCGAGGGGUCGGAGUGAUUUAGCCGGUGUGGCCCCUUAUCCAUCGCAAGUGCAGCGGACCGGAAGUGCAAGCUCGUCCAGCUCGUCAUCUGUUACUCCAAUGGGGAU